AUGACGUCUCUCAGAGACUAUCUUCGCGACCAUGCUAAAUUCUACUGUCCGCCCGUUGCACCUCCGAGUCACCGGUCGGAAUUCACUGCCGUGACUGAUAUAGAGGUAGAGGUAGUGUUGUCUCGCUUGGACUCGCAUUACACAGUAAUAGAAGCUCGCCGCGAUGCACAGUUGGUCGAUGCACUUAUCAAUGCUCUUAAUGAGCUUGGCAAAAACCCUAUACCAAAGUAUAUCGAAGGGGAGUUUGAGUGGUUGUAUAGCUCUGACAUGCAGGGGAUUUGUGACGUUAGAAGGAAGCCGAAUGCCAAAUUAAAGUUUUCGAUGAGACAUCUGAACCUUUUACGCUCGAUCAUGAUCUCUCUGGGUCACCCCAUUGGAAUUGGCAAUAAACACGAAGCCCCAGGUGUCGGGACUAAGGUAGACAUUCUGUUAUCCACAAGGGAAGACAAGAAGGCUCUAGUCGAUAUUAAGGCACUAGAUGUCUUUGACUUGGCCGCGGAAGAUCUUUCUGAGCUGUCCCAUGCCGAAGUCGGUCUCUACAUACCAUUGGAUUUGCAGACACCCGAGACAGGAAUGAAAGUCAUUAUCAAGGUAUUUUUGUACAUGGAAUUGUUCGGCGAAGAGUGGCUUGGAUUGACGUGCUACACGAAAUGGGUGUUCUUCCGACUGCACAGUCGUGGUGUGGGCGAAUUACCAUAUAUCACAUAUUCGACUGUCGAAAAACUAGACAACACCAGGGCGUUCCGUGCAUCACUUGGGAUGUUACUAGCUAUUGCAAGGGAAAUUGAUGUUCCCUCCAACGCUGACAUGAAUGGGCGGCUUCGGCCAAUUCCAGCAACAAAAGAACCUUCUGAUACAUCCACACUGCCAGAGCAGCGGUAUUCAUCUUUUAAAGGUGGAGCCCAAGUGACAAAUUCUGAGCCGCCACUCACUCGAUCCCAAAAGAAAUGCGACAAUUCAUCAACUUUGUCUUCUUAUUUCCUUGUCACGUGGUCACCAAAAACCUUUCAGCAUAGGCGGUGGCUUGAAUUUCGCGCUGUGGACACCAACGAUUUUCCGGCUUUGGGCAACGACCAUGUUCGACUCUGUGUACUGGGAUGUGCUGGACGUGGUUCGACUGGGAUUGUCUACGAAGCGAUUUCUGAAGGCGACGAACUCGAGGGAGCUUCCGAACCUCGAAGAUACGCAAUAAAAACAGUCGGGAAAGGUGAAACACUCGAAGAAGAGAGUUGUGCCAAGCGUCUUUUCAAAGAGCUCGAUGUAUAUCGCCGUAUCGCUCAGAGGUCUUCGGGGCCUGUCAAGGCUAUACCGCAGUUUUACGGACUAUUCGAGACAAGCCAAACAUGGGCAUUACUUAUGGAUUACGAAGGGAAUGUACUCAAGCAUGACGGGGAGUGGUCAGAACUAUCGCCAACUGAGAAACAAGAUCUGUACGAUGCCUUAUCGACACUGCACGGAUUAGGGAUUUAUCAUUGUGACUUCGAGCCCCGGAAUGUUGUCCGAUGCAGCGACGGAUCACUCAAAAUCAUUGACUUCACGUCGAGCUAUUUUCAUAAGUGUCGUGGUGAUGUCAGUAUUUUACUCCUAAGCUAUUCCCGAUUUCUCACAAAUGGUUAG